AUGGAUGAGGUCGAUAUGGUACAGCGCGAUCCUAAUGAUUUAAACGCUCACGUUAAGACCCAAUUCGAGGACAUCUUCGGCGAACCCGAGGGAACCCAAAGUAUUGACUGUGUCUGGCGAAACGCUUUUAAGUGCUUCACAGGAGGGAAGAACUGCUGCUACAAGUUCAUCACCAUCAUCUGCGCCCUGCCUAUCGCGCUGUGCUGGGGCUGCGAGUUCGCCAUGAUAACGUUCGAUCACGUGUGGAACCUCACGCCUGCGUAUCGGUCCUUCGAGAUCUACCUCACAUGCUCCAAGCGUUACUUUGGCGCAUGCGUGCACUGCAUUUGCGAUCCUUGUUGCGAGGCGGCUGGACUGCUCUUCAGUAACAUUAAGAUUGCUAAAAGUUAA